AUGACAUAUUCUCUCAUUUUCUUCGCUCUGGCCUUGUCUGUCUACGGCAUCUCGGGCAAAUUCUCUAACCCCUUCCUGCUCACAUUCGUCUUGCUCGCCGUGUUUCGUUACCUCCGCUUGAUUGUGAACAUCCUCGCAUACAGCACGUUGAAGGGUUACCCUGUGCGAAACAACCCUGCUUUCACAUCGAGCGACGUGUCCGUCGUCGUUCCUACCGUCUUUGCUGACAAGGACGAGGUCAUGGCCUGUCUCAAACGCGUCCGUGUCUGCAGCCCUCGUCAGAUCAUCGUCGUCACCAGGGAGGACCUCGUCCCUUCGGUAUAUGCCGCUUGUGCCGAGGUUACUGCUGCUGCCACGGAGGAAAAGGAGAAGUUGGACAUGGUUCUCGUAAUUGGAGUUGAAAAAUUGAACAAGCGAACACAGAUGGUUGCAGCUCUUCAACAGGCUGUGACUGGUUCCAUUGUUGCCUUCGCUGACGAUGAUGUCUUCUGGCCUGGUGACGACUUCAUCACUGCCAUGUUGGCCUGCUUCGAAAAUCCUGAGGUUGGCGCUUGCGGUCCUUCUCAAAGAGUCUGUCGCUCGACUGGUGCGAAGGAAUCUACAGGUUUUGUGAACUUUCUAGGAAUUUGCUACCUCGAACGCCGCAACUUCAACACAGGCGCUACUAACCUGAUCGAUGGCGCAGUUUCUACUCUCUCUGGUCGUACUAGCUUCUACCGUGCCUCACUCAUUCAGAACGACAAAUUCUACGACUACUUCAUGAACGCCCUCAACCACGAUGAUGACAAGAACCUCACAAGAUGGGUCUAUGAUCAGGGCCUCCAGAUCACUCUGAAUUUCUCGCCAAAGGCCCGUAUUAUGACCACUCUGGAGACAACUCCUUACAAGUUCAUCCUCCAGUGCCUUCGCUGGGCUCGUGGACAUUGGAGAGGUAACUUCCGUGUUAUGCAAACUACCACUUACUGGUACGACACCCACCCAUGGAGUCUCUACGCCAUCUACAUCGGCCAGUUCCAGACUCCUGCCUUCCUUAUUGACGGUUCGCUUUCCGCCCUCCUCUACUUCGGCAUGUCUGACUACGACACUUUCAACCGCACCUAUUCUCUUUGUCUCCUGGGUUGCUGGAUAUUCUUCACCAAGAUUGUCAAGAUUAUUCCCCACUUCCUCGAGUUCCCCCAGGACAUGGUGUUCAUUCCCGCUAUGAUCGCCUUCUCGUACUAUCACGGUUUGAUGAAUGUGUAUGCCCUCAUCACCAGAGAAAACAAGGGCUGGGGUCGUUAA